CGGCUGCCGCCAGUCCGCCGCGCGUACGUCGUCGCACCGGUUCCUCGCAGAUCCGCUCCGCUAUUUAUUGCGUGGUCCUAUACUUUUUAUAUUAUUAUUACUUCUCGGUUAGGAUCCUUACAAGCUUUGAAGCAGGCACAAACGAGUCGUCCACCACACAUGUGAAUAUAAUCGUGUUAUAAACGAUAGCAAUUACUUUUCGGAUUGGUUUAACGUCCCCGUUGAACGUGCGUGAAAGGUUGUCCGUGGGAAUGUAAAGUCCUCUCACUCCACGCUCCUCGGACGGCCGGUCUGCACGGGGAAAUGGCCUUCUCGUCGUAUAUGGGAACAUGAUGCUGGAGAUGGAGGAGCUAGUCAAUGAAAGCAACGGGAUGGUGAAGACGCUGGCCCUCAUCUGCUUCCUGUCUCUGGUCAUGCUGAUGAGCAUUCUGGGAAACCUGCUGGUCAUGACGGCUGUCUGCAAGGAUCGCCAGCUGAGGAAAAUAAAGACCAACUACUUCAUUGUCUCGUUGGCGUUCGCCGACCUGAUGGUGUCGGUGCUGGUGAUGCCGUUCGGGGCCAUCGAGCUGGUCACCCAGAGCUGGAUCUAUGGAGAGACCUUCUGUCUGGUCCGCACCUCUCUGGAUGUCCUGCUCACCACCGCCUCAAUCAUGCACCUCUGCUGCAUCGCACUCGACCGGUACUAUGCGAUCUGCUGCAAGCCGCUGGUCUAUCAUAACAAGAUGACCCCUCUGCGGGUGACGCUGAUGAUUGGGGGCUGCUGGGUCAUCCCCACCGUCAUCUCCUUCCUACCCAUAAUGCAAGGCUGGAACAGCAUCGGCAUCCACCAUGUGGUCGAGGAGCGACGCCACAGCGAGGGCAGCAACUCCACGGCGUGCGUCUUCAUGGUCAACAAGCCGUACGCGCUCACCUGCUCGGUGGUGGCCUUCUACAUCCCGCUGGUCCUCAUGGUGCUGGCCUACCAGCGCAUCUACGUGACGGCGCGCGCCCACGCGCGGCAGAUCAGCAUGCUGCAGCGGGCGGGCGACGCCGGCGACUCGGCCGCCAACCAGCGCAACCACCGCAUGCGCAUGGACACCAAGGCGGCCAAGACGCUCUGCAUCAUCAUGGGCUGCUUCUGCCUGUGCUGGGCGCCCUUCUUCGUCACCAACGUGGUCGACCCCUUCAUCGACUACACGGUGCCGGGCCAGCUGUGGGUGGCGUGCCUGUGGCUGGGCUACAUCAACUCCAUGCUGAACCCCAUCCUCUACGCCUUCCUCAACAAGUCCUUCCGGCGGGCCUUCCUCAUCAUCCUGUGCUGCGGGAGGAAGCGGUACCGCCGGCCCUCCCUGCUGGUCCCGCGGGGGCCCUGCACGGCCACGCAGAUCAACGGCUCCACGCACAUGCUGAAGUAUUCUGUUCUCCACAAUGGUCACACGAAGGAGCAGGAGAAGAAGAUUUUACACAUCGAGUCACGCGAGUCCUGCUUGUGAGGACUGUCUCUCUCACACACACACACACACACACACACGCACACGCACACGCACACACACACACACACACACACACACACACAGGAUCAAUUCCACAAACGUGCAUGGACCGCCGUUGCCAAAACAUUUGGCUUUGGUCCAGCCAGGGGUCUUGGCGUCCCACCCAUGUGGUCCACAACCCACAACCUCCUCAGACUGGGAGCUGGACCUCUUGGGUCUUGGGCAGUUCUGAAGAAAUUCUCUCCGCCACGCCGGUCCUGAGUGACACAGAUGUGGGACAGAUGUGUUAGCGCCUGGGACAAGGACAACGAAACAACAACACAACUAAGGACACCAGCUGGGUCCAGUCCUUCUGGAAUGCUGAAAGCUUUGCCUUUAAGACAAUAGGAGUCCCAGCUUUGGACGGCUGAUUGGACGGUAUUCCAGACACUCUUGUACAUUCAUUUUGUUUUGCCAAAGCAGUUUUAUUGUAUUCUAUUUUAUUUGAUGAGAAAUAGAAAGUAGAUUUUAUUUUUUGGGGGGGGGGGGAAAUCAUGCCAUUACGAAACUACUAUUAUUAUUUCACCAAAAUGAACCUUUUUUAGAUGAGCUUUAUCGAUCAAAAAUGACUGUUUAUUGCACAUGCACGGCUGCAGCGACACACACACACACACACACACACACACACACACACACACACACACACACACACACACACACACACACACACACACACACAGGGUAUUUGGCUGCAGGGAAGAGGGGGGGCGUGGGGCUGGGGGGUCCUUGACCUGGUUGAUCUGAGUGCCUCUCAACUCGUUCAUCAAAACGUCUCACAAGUAAUCCUCCCGUUGAUAAGAGGGUAAUGUAGCGCGUGGUGAUUGUCUGUGUGUACGUUUGUGUGUGUAUGAGUGCGAGAUUCUUCGUGGCAUGUUAAUGAUUGUAUGUGUGUGCGCAUCUAACCGUGUGGGUACAUCCGUCCGUACGUGUUUGCGUGUGUGUGUGCGCGUGUGUGUGUGUGCGGCCCGGCUCCUUGUUCAUCUUCUGUACUUGCUGUUGGGUUUUUAUGAAAUGUCCCCAUUCCAUCAUUAACACCCAUACUAUUUCCCUCUCCUCUUUUGAGAUUCUGUUUUAUUCCUCUUAACAGAAUGCAAUGACGCCACUGUGCUUAAUGUGUCCGGGUUGUUCACAUUAGAAACAGAAGCUAAACUUCUCUGUGUGUGGGAAAAGCCAGAUGAGUAUCAUUCCAUUAGCCCAGCCUUUCCUUUUGCGCACGUAAAAUGCCUUUUUGUGGCGCUGAAGCGACGGGUAUCGCCCUUGUAAGUCUGUAGCCCGUGUGCGUGUCACCAAGGUUUUAUUUAGUUUCUGCACGAGGAGAAUGGCCUUGCGUUGCUGAAUAGUGCACAAUAUCGGACAAACAAAAUACUUUUGCAUCACACAAGCACUUCAGUAGAGUUUAAGUGCUUGUGUGAGCACUAGAGGUUUAUUUCUAGAACCAAGAAAAGCAAACAGGAUAAUCUGCCAUUAUGUUUUAAAGACAGUCUUUUAAGAAGUUUUGUUUUGUCAGAGCUGUUGUUUCCUUUUGAAGGUCCAUUCCGUGCUUGAUAAAUGGCUGCCUCACUUUGGGCUGAUGCUGACGAACAAGUUUGUGGCAUUAUAAAAACAUGUCUCAUUACUUUAGCUACUUAUCGAUAACUGAAACCCUAUAUCUUCCAAAAACCCGGCCAAAGUCCUUAUUUCCCUGAAACAUACUAAUUAUGUCUGGUUCGUAAGCUCCUGUUUUGUUUGUUCUGCAGUCUAGGGGGUUUUAUAGUCCCGAGGCAGGUUUAUAGGACCUUAUAUUUAAAAUGACUCUUGUCAGGGGCAAACAACCAAACUGCUCUCCUGAACUCUGAAGCCCAUGUGAACUCAUUCACAUCAACACAAACCUGACCAAUCACACAGGUUUGAAUUCAAAUGUUGAAUUCUUCUUAGACUCUGUGUUGCCGGGCAGGGUAGCCUGUAGAUAACAGCUGCUCUCUGUGGAAGCCACAUUUGAAAUGACUUGGGCACAGUUUGUUUCGAUAGCUUCAAAUUCAUUAAUUGUCUCAAUCGAAGCCCCCUCCCAUGUCUCCUGCACAAGCAACACCCUCUCUCCUCAAAAGUCACUUGAAUUCUUGUAAAAUCAGUAGCACGCGAUACUAAGCCUCUUGGACUGAUUUGGAAUCAGGCCGACAUUAACACUCAACAAAAUAGGCUCUUUAGAAACAGCAAAUACAUUAAAACAUCAUCUUGCAGAGACAGAGGGCAAUCUAUCAAGUCAUGUCUAUUAAUAAAUCAAUCAAUACACUCAAUCAAGCCCAACGAUCUUGACACAGAAGUAAGCAGGUAUUGUAUGUAUUGAACAAACCUUUUGCACUUGGAGCUGCUGGUUUGAGCUUUGGGCCUCUAUAUUUUACAGAGCGUUAAAGUUUUGAGUUCAAAUAUGGUGAACAUCUUUGACAUCAUACGCAUUACAUUAUUUUCUGUAAAAGAAAACAUGGUUAUUUUCAGAAAUAUGUGUACAGAAAUUCUAAGAUAUUUUGCUAGUCGGAAUUUGUUAAUAAAUAUGUCAAAA